AUGAUGUCGUGCUCACUGCUCGUGGCUAGCAGCAGCAACGAACGACACAGGCACACAGCUGCCAGUCGAGUUCCGUUCGCCCGUUGGCAAGGACCCACUAUACUCCUCGUUCCAUUACCUCUGAGGUCGAUAGUGAUUGACUUUUCCAAGAUGAACCGGCGUUCAAAAUGCGAUAUAAGAAGUAUUUUUCUUCUUCUGAAUGUUAUUAUUACACUUGGAGUGACGUAUGGACAGUUUCAAUCAGGACCAGGUUACACAUCAGAUUACGACGUCUCUACAAUUCUGGGCGAGGUGGAGUCACGCGACGCUGGCACUAAAUUGGAGUUUAAAUACCACGACCACGAGGAAUUGACAAGGUACCUCCGCGCUGUAUCCGCGCGGUACCCAGCUCUAACCGCUCUUUACUCUAUCGGAAAAUCUGUACAAGGUCGUGAUUUAUGGGUAAUGGUAGUGUCAGCGUCUCCAUAUGAGCAUAUGAUCGGAAAACCUGAUGUAAAAUAUGUGGCAAAUAUACAUGGCAACGAAGCCGUGGGCCGCGAACUUCUGCUUCACCUUAUACAGUAUUUGGUAACAGCUUAUGAGACGGAUUCUUACAUAAAAUGGCUGUUAGAUAACACGAGGAUUCAUUUGAUGCCGUCCAUGAACCCUGAUGGUUUCCUCAUCUCACGAGAAGGACAGUGUGACACCAUACAUGGCAGACACAAUGCUCGGCGACACGACUUGAACCGCAACUUCCCGGACUUCUUCAAGCAAAACUCAAAGCAGCCGCAGCCUGAGACAGAGGCGGUGAAGGAAUGGAUUAGCAAAAUUCAGUUCGUGGUCUCGGGAUCCUUGCAUGGCGGCGCGCUUGUGGCCUCCUACCCCUUCGACAACACGCCUAGUGCUAGGAUUUGCAGAUCAUCUGUAUUAUGCUCGGUAUUCCAAAGCUACGCGCACUCGCCGUCGAUCGCGCCUGACGACGAUGUGUUCCGCCACCUCGCGCUCGUGUACUCCAACAACCACGCCAAGAUGUCUCGCGGAGUGUCAUGCAAGUCCGGCUCGCCCAAGUUCGAAAACGGCAUCACGAAUGGUGCUGCAUGGUAUCCUCUAACAGGUGGAAUGCAAGAUUACAAUUACUUAUGGCAUGGAUGUAUGGAAAUCACUCUAGAAAUAUCUUGCUGCAAAUAUCCACCGGCGCACGAACUGCCUAAAUAUUGGCAAGACAAUAAACAGUCUUUAAUAAAGUUCUUAGCAGAAGCUCAUCGCGGGGCGCACGGCUUCGUCAUGGACGAGAACGGCAAUCCAGUAGAACGCGCUUCCGUCAGGGUCAAGGGCCGUGAAGUUACCUAUCAUACCACUAAGUACGGGGAGUUUUGGCGUAUUUUGCUUCCAGGAACAUACAAACUCGAGGUCGCCGCAGAUGGUUAUUUGCCACAAGAAGUGGAAUUCUUUGUCAUAGAUAACCAUCCAACUUUACUAAAUGUCACUCUGCAUUCUGCUAAGGUGAGUUCAUUGCAUAUCGGUACAAAUGUUGUUUGUCUGUAUGUAAUGGCGUCACGAAAACACCUGUGUAUGCGGAUGGGGCCGCGAGUGGUUAAAUUAAACCGCAUUGAUGGCGGUCAGUACUACCGGCCACCGCCGCUGCCGCCGCGCGCGCCGCCCGCGCCCACCGGACUCUUCUCUACUCUAACCAACUCUAUCAACAGUUUCGUGUCGAAUAUAUUCGGG